CUUGGGUCCGUGUGGUCCUGUUCCGGGGAAAGCGUGGAGGAGAGCGGGGGAGGGCUUAGGGGCGUGCCCAAACGGCCACCCCGCCCAGGUUCUUGGAUUUCCUUGGGCUCCUGUCUCAAGCCUGAGCUUCUGCGUUCCUGGAAAGGCUGUAGUGCCCACGGUGGGAGCUCGGACAGGAGGAGGGUCCCGGGGAGCACGGCAGUGGCGGUGUUGGGAAACUCGGCCGGCUGAACAGCGGGCACCCGCCGACCGGCCAGUGAGGGAGUGUAGCAGGCAGUGUUUAGAGUAGUUACAUCUGGAGCUGCGUGCCUGGGAUCCGGUCCCAGUUCUGCCUCCCAGUUGCUGUGUGACCUCAGAUGUUUGUUUACUACUGAUGGGUGUGAGCAAGUUAGAUGUUCUAUACCGGAGACUUCUCCUCACAAAACUUUUUAUCAGAGGAUGGGGAAGGCCAGAGGAUCUUAAAAGACUCUUUGAAUUCAGAAAGAUAAUUGGAAAUCGAGAAAAAUGUCAGAAUCUGGUUUCAAGUGAUUAUCCAGUGUACAUCGAUAAGAUUGAAGAGCAGUCAGACUGUAAGAUCCUGGAUGGGCACUUUGUCUCCCCUAUGGCCCACUAUGUGCCUAAUAUCAUGCCAAGUGAAUCUGUGAUUGCAAGGUUCCAAUUUAUUGUGCCUAAAGAAUGGAACAGCAAAUACAGACCCGUGUGCAUUCAUCUAGCUGGAACAGGGGAUCAUUAUUACUGGAGGCGACGGACCCUGAUGGCUCGCCCUAUGAUUAAAGAGGCCCGAAUGGCCUCUUUGUUGUUAGAAAACCCUUAUUAUGGCUGCAGGAAACCCAAGGACCAAAUAAGGUCCAGCUUAAAAAACGUGUCUGACCUAUUUGUGAUGGGAGGAGCUCUUGUGUUAGAAUCGGCAGCUCUCCUGCACUGGCUAGAGAGAGAGGGCUAUGGCCCUCUGGGAAUGACCGGAAUAUCCAUGGGAGGACAUAUGGCUUCCUUAGCGGUAUCCAGCUGGCCUAAGCCCAUGCCAUUGAUUCCGUGUCUGUCUUGGUCCACAGCAUCUGGUGUCUUCACUACGGGUGUGCUGAGCAAAUCGAUUAAUUGGAGGGAGCUGGAAAAGCAGUAUUAUACACAGACAGUGUAUGAGGAAGAAAUCAUUCACAUGCUUGAAUAUUGUGGAACCGAUUCUUUCAAAAUGGGACAAGAGUUCAUGAAACGUUUCCCCAGCACUGCAGACAAGCUCACUAAUCUCAACCUGGUUCCUAGAACUUUAAGUUUAGACGUGACAGACAGAGUUGUGUCCUCAAAACCUGCUGGGUGCCACAAGUCUAGUCAAACGUCUUUCAGUGCCACAUCAGAGGGACUCUUGCUGCAAGACACCUCUAAGAUGGAGUGCUUCAAUCAAACCCUUUCAACCAACAAAAGCUGUUUUACAAGUUGUAGUCCUCAGUCAUACCACCUACUCAGUAAAGAACAAAGAAGGAAGAAUCUUCAGAAAGAAUCUUUACUCUUUAUGAAAGGAGUCAUGGAUGAAUGCACUCAUGUAGCAAAUUUCUCAGUUCCAGUUGACCCAAGCCUCAUUAUAGUGGUUCAAGCCAAAGAAGAUGCCUAUAUUCCAAGAACAGGAGUUCGAAGUCUACAAGAAAUUUGGCCUGGUUGUGAAAUCCGGUAUCUGGAAGGGGGUCAUAUUAGUGCUUAUCUUUUUAAACAAGGACUCUUCAGACAGGCCAUCUACGAUGCAUUUGAACGCUUUCUCCGUAAAUAUGCUAACUAACUGGAUGGCUGUUUGUCACCAGUGUGGCCAUCAUGUUUCUUACAAAAGGCGCUUCCUCCUUUGAUGAGGUGAAGAACCAGCAGGCAGCACUAUGUAUCUAAUUGCUCUCACUUUGGUCUGGCAUUCAGUGUUCAGGUCAGUCGACUAUAAUCUUUAGAUGCAUUUGAAUGGCUUUAAACCAAUAUUUGGAUAAAAUGAUGAAGUAUUUUGUUAUUGUUUGUGGGAAUCCUGUAUGCUCAGUAUAUAUAUAGUCUAUUGCUACUACUUAUGAAAACUUUUAAUUAUGAAUAAUUUAUUAAUUUAAAAUAAAUGUAUUCAUAGAAA